AUGGGGGACCAUGUGUUCUUGAAGGUCUCACCUAUGAAGGGUGUGAUGAGAUUUGGUAAGAAGGGAAAACUCGCACCGAGGUAUGUUGAACCCUUUGAGAUUCUAGAAAGGGUUGGGAACUUGGCAUAUCGCCUCACCUUACCUGUAAGCAUGUCUGGUGUACACAACGUCUUUCAUGUGUCUAUGCUCAGGAAGUAUGUCCGAGAUGAGUCCCACGAAAUUGAUCAUGGUACGAUUGAAGUGAACACAGAUGUAACCUUUGUGGUUGAACCGAUUCGUAUCAUAGAUAGGUCUACAAAGAAACUUCGCAUGAAGGAAGUUGAUCUUGUGAAGGUGCAGUGGAGUCAUCAUGAUGAGGGUAAUGCAUCAUGGGAGUUAGAGUCAGACAUGAGAAUGAAGUAUCCACAGCUCUUUGGGGAAUUGGGUGCUUAA